GCUCAAGCCUAAGUCACCAGGCCUUAUGGAGGCUUGUCCGGAGGCCCUCACGUGGCCGCUUGCCGCUGUCACUACAUGCAGAGAAACAAUCAUGGAAUGGAAUCUGCGGAUAGCCCGCAGAUUGGAGCCAGUAGUGCCUGUGUCUCUUGCAGAACAGCUGUGUAACAGGCUUCACGGCGCUGACCAGGAGCUGGCAGGCAGCAGCGGCACCAACGACGAGAGCCGACAGCUGGGCGUGCUGUGCCCCUGGCUACCAAACACGGUCGCCCUCAGGGACCUGCGAGGGAGCGGGUUCGCGGUGGCGGGCAUUGAGUGCGGCGGGGCCGUGGUGGAGCGAUUGAGCGACGAGCUGGAGCUCGGCCCUGAAGAAACAGGGGUGCACGACGGAUGGACGCGGCGCGCACUGCCGCAGCACGCCGCCACCGCCGCCGCCGUUCCCGGCGCACCAUCAGCAGCUGCCGCGGCCGUGGACGGCCACGCCUCCACGUCAGCAGGUCCCCCGCCUAGAUCCACUGGGCCCACUGGGCCCACUGGGCCCACUGCGCGCACUGGGCCCACUGGGCCCACUGGGCCCACUGGGCCCACUGGGCCCACUACCUCCCCGCAGCUGUGGGUGUACCGCGGCAACCCCUACCUCCUGACGCCGCCGGUGCUGUCGCUCUUCCCUUACCCGGUAGCGGGCGUGUGGGACGUGUGGGGGCUGCUGGUCACGCCGCCGCAGCUCCUACGCCGCUACGCGGGCGUGUGGGCGGACCUGCUGCCCCGCGGCGGCGUGUGGCUGGCGGCGGCGCUUGUGAGGCGGCAGCCAGCGCGGGACGGCGCGACAGCGGCCUGCGGCGCGGAGGCUCAGCAGGCUGACAAGGCGGACCAGCUGGAGGUAUUGCUGCGGCGCGCCGGCCUUCAUGUGCACAGUGCACAGCUGCUGGCGGCAGUUGCGGAGCAGGAGGGCUUUGACACUGAGGAGCCGGAGGUGCCAGAGCCCGCAGCAGCCAGCGGGAACGCGGAUACGGUGGCGGGUGCCGGCACAAGCGGCGGACGACUUGCUAUGGAGGCGAUUGCGAAGCCGAUUGCGGAGCCGGCUGUGGAGGCGGCUGCGGGGCAGCGGGUGCCGCCUGUGGAGCUGCGCACGGAACUGCUGGGCAGGCUGGUGCAGCUGGCGACUGGUGCUGCAGCUGGAUGUGAUGUGUCCGGGCUACAGGUUGUGGUGCUGGCCAUGUCGAAACGGUAGCAAUUAGCAGUGGGCAGUCAAACUGGUGAAUUCUU